CACUUUGUCACGUCACUUGAGAGUUGAGAGAAAAAAAGAACGAAAAUAAUAAAAUAACGAAGAAGAAGAAGAAGAAGACGAAGAACAUUUCGCGUUGAUCUCAGAUUCACUCUUCGCCAUGGCUGAACCUCCUUCUUUUGGUUUAGGUCCUCGAUUAGACAUUCAGCAAUUACAAUUUGAAGCCCAACAUCGGUGGUUGCGACCGGCAGAAAUUUGUGAAAUUCUUCGUAAUUAUCGGAUGUUUCAUAUCACACCAGAACCUCAUACAAGGCCACCGAGUGGUUCACUUUUUCUUUUUGACCGAAAGGUUUUGAGAUACUUUAGAAAGGACGGGCAUAAUUGGAGAAAGAAAAAAGAUGGAAAAACUGUGAAAGAAGCUCAUGAAAAAUUAAAGGUGGGAAGUGUUGAUGCGUUACACUGCUACUAUGCACAUGGAGAAGAAAACGAAAAUUUUCAAAGGCGAAGCUAUUGGUUGCUUGAACAGGAUACACACAUAGUAUUUGUCCAUUACUUGGAAGUUAAGAGUAACAAGUCAAAUAUUGGAGGAAACGCUGAUAGCAAUGAGGUCAUAUCAGAUUCUCAAAAGGUCAACUCUCCGUCGUCUGGCAUUCCCGCAACUUAUAGUAGUGUGCCUUCUCUAAGUACAGAUUCCAUGAGCCCAACUAGUAGCUAUACAUCUUUACGUGAAGAUGCUGAUUCAGGUGAUCAUGGACAGUCAUCAGUUUCUGGAAUGGAUUAUAUCCCACCUUUUAGCAGGGAUACAUUUAGAGGAAAUGGUGCUACUUGCAUUGAUGGCCAGGCAUCAUGGGACACGGUCUUGCAAUCCACCGCUGAGUUGCAUGCUGAUCCUUCUCUUGUAUCUUUUACUUCCAUCCCAUCUGGUUCACUGUCAAACAUCCUUGACCAAGAAGAUAACAUCUUGGGUGACUUUUCAAUGAGCAGAAGUGGCCUCGCUAUUGGAGCAGGGAGUUCUCAGCCUCUCCAAUCAAAUUGGCAGAUUCCUUUUGAAGACAACACGGGACAUAUGCCAACCUUUACCCAAUCAUUGAGUUUGGAAUUUGCAUCUGAUUAUGGAACUGGUUUACUAGGGAACGAAUCUGAUAAUGGAAGUUCUAUAAUUGAUCCUGUCUUGUUUAGUUUUCAUGGUGAGCCAAAAGAGAAGCUUGCACAGCAAAACUAUUUGGAAGAGAAGGUAGAUGGACACCCGCGAGAUGACCUUAAGUCUAAUUCCACAAAAGAAGUUCCUAGUGAAGAAACUAUUAAUUAUCCCUUACCUGUGAGACGCACAUUAUUGGAUAGGGAUGAGAGCUUGAGGAAGGUUGAUAGCUUCAAUCGGUGGAUUACUAAAGCCCUUGGAGAGGUGGACGAUUUGAAUAUGCAAUCCUCACCUGGUAUUUCAUGGAGUGCAGAUGAUUGUGGGCAUGUGAUAGAUGAUACCUCCCUGAGCCCAUCUCUGUCUCAGGAUCAGCUGUAUAGCAUAACUGAUUUUUCACCUAAAUGGGCUUAUGCUGAGUCAGACACUGAGGUGUUGAUUAUUGGAUCCUUUUUGAAAAGUCAACCAGAUGUUACAGCCUGUAACUGGUCCUGUAUGUUUGGGGAAGUUGAGGUUCCUGCUGAGGUUGUAGCUAAUGGAAUUCUGUGUUGUCAAGCUCCUCCUCACAAGGUUGGGCGGGUCCCUUUCUAUGUAACAUGUGCCAAUAGGUUAGCUUGCAGUGAAGUGCGUGAAUUUGAUUUCAGAGACGGCUAUUCCAGAAAUGUAGAUUAUACAGAUUUUUUCAACAGUUCGAAUGACAUGCUACUUCAUUUGCGGCUGGAGGAGUUUCUUUCUUUGAAACCAGUGCACCCUUCAAAUCAAACCUUUGAAGGCGAUACAGAGAAAAGGAGCUUAAUUCUUAAGCUUAUUUCACUGAGAGAGGAAGAAGAAUAUUCAAGUAAGGAAGAGCAGACUGUAGAGAUGGAUAUAUCACGACACAAGGUGAAGAAGCAUCUGUUUCAUAGGCAGUUUAAAGAGAAACUGUACUCAUGGCUUCUUCACAAGGUAACUGAGAGUGGUAAAGGGCCAAAUGUGUUAGAUAAGGACGGGCAGGGCGUGCUACAUUUAGCAGCCGGUCUUGGUUAUGACUGGGCAAUAAUCCUAAUUUUAGCUGCUGGAGUUAAUAUCAACUUCCGUGAUGUGAAUGGUUGGACGGCCUUACAUUGGGCGGCAUCCUGUGGCAGAGAGCGGACAGUUGGUGCCCUUGUACAUAUGGGUGCAGAUUGUGGAGCAUUGACGGAUCCAUCUCCAGAAUUUCCUUCAGGCAGAACAGCUGCAGAUCUCGCCUCUAGCAAUGGGAACAAAGGACUCUCUGGUUUUCUAGCAGAGUCUUCGUUAACCAGCCACCUUGAAUCCCUCACAGUGGAUGAUCUACACAAAGGUGGUCAGCAAGAAGUUUCAAGAACAAAAGCAGUGCAGACAGUUUCAGAACGAACUGCAACACCUGUGAUCUAUAAUGAUAUGCCUGAUGCCCUAUGCCUUAAAGAUUCUCUAACCGCUGUCCGUAAUGCGACUCAAGCUGCCGAUCGCAUACAUCAAGUAUUCAGAAUGCAGUCCUUUCAGAGGAAGCAGUUAACUCAGGAUGAGGAUGAUGAUGAUGAAUUUGGUUUGUUAGAUCAGCGGGCUCUUUCUCUUCUAGCUUCUAAGGCACGCAAGUCAGGACAAGGAGAUGGCCUAGUCAAUGCUGCUGCAACUCAAAUACAGAAAAAGUUCCGUGGUUGGAAGAAGAGAAAAGAAUUCUUGCUCAUUCGUCAAAGAAUUGUGAAAAUCCAGGCCCAUGUAAGAGGUCACCAGGUAAGGAAGCAGUAUAAAACUGUCAUCUGGUCUGUGGGAAUCCUGGAGAAGAUUAUAUUACGCUGGAGACGCAAGGGUAGUGGUCUACGUGGGUUUCGACCAGAAGCCCUUAAUAAAGCCCCCAGUCAACAAAAUGAUUCUCUGAAAGAGGAUGAUUACGAUUAUUUAAAGGAAGGACGAAAACAAAAAGAGGAAAAGAUCCAAAAGGCCCUUUCUAGGGUGAAGUCCAUGGUUCAGUAUCCGGAGGCGCGGGCUCAAUACCGGCGGGUGCUAAAUGUUGUUGAAGACUUCCGUCAAAAGAAGGAUUGUAAUAUGGGGAUGAGUUCUGAAGAGACAGUUGAUGGUGUGGAGGAUUUGAUUGAUAUUGAUAUGCUUUUAGAUGAUGAAAAUUUCAACCCUAUAGCAUUUGAUUGAUUAUCUGCAGGUUAAUCCUAUUGUCCCCGCUGUUAAUAUAUGUCCAGUUGGCUUUGUUUGGCAUAGGGGAAGUCCUAACAUCAUCUUGAUGUAAAUAUUUCUAAUCCAAAUUACUUGGACCGAAGGCUGAAUAUAAUAUAUACAUAGGUUUUAAUAGCUAGCAUGCAUUUUGAUUGGACAUUUCAGAUACUGUAAUCUAAUGAGACAUGGUUUGAUUUUAUUUGUGGUAAUUUUAUUAUGACUGGAUAAGAUUAUAUUUAUAAUUGGUUAGGGUUGUAACAUAAUGGUGUAACUUAGCUUGCUUACUAAAAUUUGUACAAAAGUCGACUGUGGCCGAGGAAUUAUAACUAAGUGCUAAUUAUUAUC